AUGGAAUCACCAUUUCCUCCAUCAUCUUCAGCUCCCGGCGAUGGCCGCAUCGUUGUCGGCCUCCUCCCCGCAGGUGAAAGCGGUCUUGAGACGAUGACUUAUCAAUAUCCUUUGAAGUUGAUAUCACCAGCUCCUUCAUCGAGCCAACCGAGCACUUUAGUGUUUCUACUAUCGUAUGGAGGCGGUCUUGUCGCCGGUGAUGGCGUCAAUUUGACUGUUCACGUCAAACCGCAGGCUAAGCUCAGUGUCGCUACCCAAGGCCACACAAAGAUCUUCAAGUCGCCUACAGCAGACGUCAUCACAACUCAAACCUUGGAUGUCACUAUAGACGACCAUGCUUCUAUGUGUCUUCUUCCAGACCCUGUUCAGCCAUUCGAAGAUAGCGUAUACGCUCAGAAGCAGAUAUUCAAGCUCCGAAGCAAAGCAUCACUUUGUCUUCUGGAUUGGGUUACUCAAGGGCGCGUAGCUCGCGGCGAGAACUGGAGCUUCAGGAAAUGGACAGGGCGCAACGAAGUAUGGCUUGAAGACGAGGAAGCAACUUCUGCUGGUAGACUCCUAGUCCGAGACUCAGUCAUCUUAUCCAGAGAAGCGAGUAAAUCAGUUGGCCGAACACUGCCAGAAAUGAUGCAGCACAUGGCCAUAUCUGGUACUCUCAUACUACGAGGAUCCAAAACCAAAUCAUUGGGGGAGUUCUUCCAGGAGGAGUUUGCUGCCCUUCCGCGUAUCGGAGCCAGGGAUUUCCGAUCACCAGAAGCAAUGGCGCAGGAAAACGCAGAUGUUUCUGAUAUUGAGCGUUGGAGACUACAGAGGCUAAAAGAAGAAAACGAAGGUGGUGUGCUUUGGUCUGCGGCCAACGUUCGAGGUUGUGUGGUUGUCAAGUUUGGGGCAAAAACGGUGGAAGCUGGACGAGAUUGGAUCGGGUCGAUGAUCAUUCGAGAGGGUAGCAUUGCCUCUGAGUUCGGUGACAAGGCAUUGAUGUGCCUUCAGUGA